AUGGCUCUUAAGACUCAUGAACAAUUCGUUGCCGACCAAAACAGGAUUAUACCUCCGGUCGUUACAGUCGACUUGACCGGGAAAACGGUCGUUGUUGUCGGGGCAAACAUCGACUUAAGAUUCGAGGCGUCAAAACAUUUCGCUAGGAUGAAUCCUGAACGAUUGAUUCUGACCUGUAGAAACGAAGAGAAGGGAAAGGAAACGGUCCUUCGAAUCCAGAAGGAUACGGAUUAUUCGAAGGCGGAGCUCUGGAUUAUUGACCUCGCGAAUUUUGGAAGCCUCCGCCGGCUUGAUAUAUUGGUCGAGAAUGCAGGGAUGCCGCCUUUCGGCAGGUAUAAUGUCGUCGAAGGUUGGGAGACCUGUUUGCAUACCAACAACCUCGGUCCUGGAUUAUUAGCCAUUCGCCUAGUCCCGAAGAUGAUUGACAGUACUCGGAGAUUUGGGGUAUACCCGAGAAUCGUCGUUGUCGCCAGCGACGUGCAUUAUUGGACGACGUCCGAGGAGGUGGUCGAGUCUCCCAACAUCCUUUUGCUUAACGUACCCUUCGCUCGCGCCUUUCAACAACGCCUCCCUUCCCCUCCUUCGACUAUCACUGUCAACUCCGCUGCCUUGGCUUUCACAACGGAGGAGGGAAGUCGACAGCUUGUGUAUAAUGCCAUCGAAGGGGCAGACGACGAGAACAAGCUUCGAGAAACGUACAUAUCGUUCUCAGAGGUCGUGGAGGAAAGCGAUUUCGUGAUCGGCGAGGAAGGGAAGGUCGUACAGGACAAAGUUUGGGUGAGUACCUUAAUCGGUUAG